CAGAGUGACAGGAAUGCUGGUUUCCUGAGAGCAGCUCUGGACGGUAAUUUAAAUGAAGUAUCAAAAUAUUUGAAGGGAUCUACAGAUAUAAACACCAGCAAUCAGAAUGGUCUCAAUGCACUUCAUUUUGCCACGAAAGAGGGACACAUCAAGAUUGUUACAGAGUUAUUGGCAAGAGGUGCAAAUGUGGAGGCUGCCACAAAGUAAAAAGACAAUAUAUGAACUGAAAGACUCUUGAAUUGAUACCUCAUGCCUGAUCAUGUGACCGACCUGACUGACCAGGGAAAAUUCUGCCUUCUAAUUUGUUAUUUAUGAGAAAGGAAACAAUAGUUUGCACGUUGCUGCAUUGGCAGGUCAUGAAGAGAUUGUGAAUAUUUUAGUUGAUAAUAAUGCCAAGGUUAAUGUCCAAUCUCAGGCCGGUUUCACACCACUGUACAUGGCGGCACAAGAAGGACAUUCCGAAGUAGUCAGGUUUCUAUUGGCUAAUGGGGCUAGCCUAAGCUUGGCCACUGAGGAUGGAUUCACUCCACUAUCUGUGGCACAACAACAAGGUCAUGAAAAGGUUGUCAGUGUUUUAUUGGAACAUGAUACAAAAGAAUGGACUGACUCCAUUAGGCCAUUAGGUGAUCAUGUGGAUUGUGCUAGACAAAGCACAAGUUGAUGAUGUCACAGUGGUAAAAACGACAAUUUGUCACUAGAAUAUCACUCUAUUCAUCAGAAACGGACAUUAUCCACCUAAAAGAAAUCUGGCUGCACCGAUGCUGUUACGUUCAAUUCCAUGUGUGCUGAAAAAAUAGUAGAUGCAGACAGAAUUCAAAUGGAAAAAGAUGGGAAAAUUGGGGCAGAAUUAGAACAGACAGAACCUGUUCAGAACUCUUCAAUCGAGCGUCACCCGGGUGUUCUACGGGUGUCCUGGACGAGAAAAAAUAGAGGUAUAAUCCCCAACUUCUCGCAUAAAGUUGUAAAUAUAUACUCUGAAUAUGUCAAUAAUAGACACGCUCAUCACCUUAUUAAUUUCAUUUUGUGACUAUUGUAUUUCUUGUUGUAUUCCAAUGAAUUCAUUCGCCCCCAAUGGUGAUGGCUCAAAGGGUUGGAUUCAUUUCAUUUCAUUUUCAAAGGGUUGGAUGUCGAAAUAAAGCUAACACUCUUAACGCCAUGAAAUGCUUUUCAAAAAUAUUUUUGCUUCAUUGACAUCUAUUAAAAAUGCUGUAUGUCGCUAUUAUCAAAUAUAUCAACCAAUUUUCAGAACAAAGUUUUAUCAAUACGCAACAAA